ACAUCGAAUAAGAGUCAGAUACACACACAAACACAGAAGCAACAGCACGGCACUAGAAAAUAAGUUUUGCAAGACCUUCCAUUACAAAAGGACACUCUUGAGUCUCUGAUUAAGUACCCUCUCAUAUUUUGAAUAGCAAAUAAUCAGAAUGGACCCGCAAUUUUUCUCUCCGCUCUGUGAUUUGUCACGGCAAAUGGGUUUGAUCUCGCAGAAUCAAUUGAAUAUUAUUUACGAUCAUCUGGCAAUCUUUGAGCUCCUCGACAACGACUUGAAGUCGUCGCAGAACUAUGGUGACUGGAUACUCUCGAAUAUGGAUAUUUGCUGGCGUGGACGAUUGAUUGAGACACUCUUUUUCUAUUUGGAGGCAAAUGCUUGCCAGCGGGAUCCCGAUAAUGCUGUGAAAGCGCUGCGAGUCCUUUAUCAUGUGACCACAUAUUGCACUGAAAUCAAAAUGCAGCACAUUUCGAUGUUCUCAAAUCUGUUCGUCGUUCUGAAGGUCGUACUGGAGCUCACUCAGGUGCUGGACACAAUAGUGGAUUGCACCCUGGACUUGGUUAGCAAUUUUUUGUUUUCCUCCUGGAUGAUACGCGAUGCCAUCGAGUCCUCUGGGCUGCUCAGUGCCAUGCUGAAUAAACUAGACUGGCCUCCUGGAACGGAUGUGGUGAAGCAAAACUCGCUGAUCGCCAAGAUUGGGCUGCUGUUGUAUCAAUUCCUCAGGCACAAGACACCCGGACCAGCAAUCACUGCUCUGGAGAAGAUAGCCAAGACCUUGGCCGCUCUUCUGUCGGUCAAUCAGGACUUGACUAUCCUUAUGCCGUUGCUAAAACUCACACGCCUAGUCGCCGAGCACCAGUCGGCCACUGAACGGGUGAUGAUCAAGACGGGCCUGUUUGCCAACACCGCAUCGUUAGUCCAAAGUCCUCUGUACGAGGUCAAGUAUGAGGCCAUCUUCAUUUUGGCCAACACAUGCCAGCUGUACGGCAGAGUGAAGCGACACAACCUGUACCGACUUCCGCCAAGCACUCUGCGAUACAUUCAUCACUUGUUCCUGCAUCGAUGCAUGAAGAUACGUAUCAUGGCCUUGCACCUGCUCACCGGCAUUACGGAUAAUCGUGCCAUAGACCCGAGCCUAAUGUGUGGCAUUAUGCCGAUGGUCAUUCGGUGUGCCAGCGAGCUGGAGCUUGAGGUGGAGGUUCGUGUGGCCGCUGGCUGGACCCUGGCCAGCCUUACCCUCCACUUGAACGUGAGAGGCAUGGCUUACUUUAUGCACUCUGGCGGGGUCCAUGCCAUGUGCUACCUGCUGAAAACAGUCCAAGAACUCCCGAUACAAUUAAUCAGAAACAUCCUUACUGCUUUUAUAAAAAUAUGGGAAUCAUAUAGAUACCUGGCCAGUCAUCUAGUGAAUAUCCUGAGAGAGUGUGGCAUUAUGGAUGGGCUGCAACAGUACAUGGACAGCCCAAAUCAUGCCGUCAGGACUCUGGCAACCCUUCUAAAGGCUCAUAAGGGCUAUGACAUUUGUUGGGUCGAAGUCUUGGCUAUGUUAAACAUUGAUUAGAAAAUAUUUAUUCAUUAUUCAUGUAGAAUUCAAUCUAUCCAACUGCAAAUAAUACAAAACGCUGCAGGCAUUUAUACAGAUUUAUCUCAUUGAAUU